AGCGCCGUUAGCGCCCACGAAGAAGCUGCGCCUCAGGUCACUGGAGGAGGGCUGCACCGACAGCAAUGGCAGCCACGGCGUUGGCCGCGCGGACGAGGUUCGGCGUGUGGAGCGUCUGGGCCGUGCAAGGCCGGGGCUUCGGCUCGGAACCGCAGGAUCCUGUCCGCUCCAGUGCGGGAGCGGUUCGGGACGCCGGUGGAGCCUUCGGAAAAAAAGAGCAGGCCGAGGAGGAGCGAUACUUCCGAGCUCGUGCUAAAGAACAGCUGGCAGCCUUGAAGAAACACCAUGAAAAUGAGAUCUCUCAUCAUGUGAAGGAGAUUGAGCGUCUGCAGAAAGAUAUUGAGCGACACAAGCAGUCAAUCAAGAAACUGAAAAAUGAUGAUGAUUAAGUGCACACAGUUCCCCAUAGCAUGGCUACUAUGCCCACUUCUAUGUAGACAUAAUUCUGGUUUAAUUAAUAUCUAUCUGUGUGCUUCCAACAAAUUAUAAUAAAUUGUUAUCAGUGAA